AUGGCAUACGUUAGUAGGGGAGCGUGGAGCCAAAAACGCAGGCAGGCCCGUGGAAUGCCCUAUUGUUACCACAAACGCUCUUCUAGUUCUUCUAGCUCUUCUAGCUCUUCUAGCUCUUCUAGCUCUUUUAGCUCUUCUAGCCCUUCUAACUGUUCUAGAUCUUCUAGAUCUUCUAGCUCUUCUAUCUCAUCCAGCUCUUCUAGCUCUUCUAGCUCUUCUAGCUCUUCUAACUCUUUUAGCUCUUCUAGCUCUUCUAGCGUUUCUAGCUCUUCUAGCUCUUCUAGCUCUUCUAGCUCUUCUAGCUCUUCUAGCGUUUCUAGCUCUUCUAGCUCUUUUAGCUCUUCUAGCUCUUCUAGCUCUUCUAGCUCUUCUAGCUCUCCUAGCUCUUCUAGCUCUUUUAGCUCUUCUAGCUCUUCUAGCUCUUCUAGCUCUUCUAGCUCUUCUAGCUCUUCUAGCUCUUUUAGCUCUUCUAGCUCUUCUAGCUCUUCUAGCUCUUCUAGCUCUUCUAGCUCUUCUAGCUCUUCUAGCUCUUCUAGCUCUUCUAGCUCUACUAGCUCUUCUAGCUCUACUAGCUCUUCUAGCUCUAUUAGCUCUUCUAGCUCUUCUAGCUCUUCUAGCUCUUCUAGCUCUUCUAGCUCUUCUAGCUCUUCUAGUUCGACCGAGAAGUGGACUACGAUGAUAUACGAGAAAGAGAUGCUGGUGAGCAACAAACACUCGGAUACGGCUCGUGGGGCAAAGGAUUCAUCUAUACAAAUCGGUGACACGGUACUAAUGGCACAACAACGAAAGUCAAAAAUGGAUCCCACGUUUGGAGAAGAACGGUUCAAAGUGGUGGCCAGACACGGAGCUAAAGUUGUUAUACUGAGCAGGAGCGGUGUACAGUAUACCCGAAAUUUGCACGAUGUGAAACUAGCACCAACCGAAUACCAUGUCGACGGAUUUGAUCACGGGGACAAUACAAGUGGUCCGUCACAACCUUCUUCGAAUGUUCCUUUGACAGCAGACGACGAUAAUCACCCGAAAAUAGAUGCAGCGGCGCGUCUUUCGUCAGGCAAUCGGGAAAAUAGGGCACAUCCAGCGAGCCUGUAG